AACAGAGGCAAAAAUGAAUACUAUCCUCACCAAUGUUGUUUGGUUGGUAGUAUUUCCUUCUUUCAUUUUGAUCAUCUGUAUCAUCAUCACCAAUCUUCUUCUUACAUCAAAAGAAAACACGACAAAGUCAUCCGCCGGGACCAGCACCUUUUCCGAUCAUCGGAAACCUCCACCUGCUCGGCGACCAGCCCCACAAAUCUCUAGCAAAACUGGCCAAGAACCAUGGCCCCGUGAUGAAUCUAAAGCUCGGACAAAUAACUGCCGUGGUGAUUUCUUCUUCCUCCGCCGCCAAAGAAGUUCUCCAAAAACAGGACGUGGAUUUCUGCACCAGAUCAGUCCCCGACGCCGUCACCGCCGACAACCAUUCCCGGAAUUCCGUCGUUUUCCUGCCCGCAAACAGCAAUUGGAGGAGUCUUCGGAAAAUACUAAAUUCUUACAUCUUCUCAGCCAACCGAAUCGAUGCUAAUCUGCAGCUGAGGAGCAGAAAAGUUGAGGAUUUGAUGGCGUAUGUUCAAAAGAGUUGCGAAACAGGGGAAGCUGUGGAUAUCGGACAAGCUGCGUUCAGGACAUCGUUGAAUUUGCUGUCCAACCUGUUUUUCUCCAAGGAUUUGACUGACCCUUUUAGUGAUUCAGCUAAAGAGUUCAAGAAUGUGAUUUGGGAUAUCAUGGUGGAAGCCGGAACGCCUAAUGUUGUCGAUUUCUUCCCCCUGCUUCGUCUGCUCGAUCCUCAGGGGAAUCGGCGACGAAUGAGCUCACAUUUCAGCAAGGUUUUUCAGAUGUUUAAAGGGAUCAUCACUGAAAGAUUGUCAGAGAGCAGAGAAUCUGGAUUUGGAAUUAGCAAAGAUGUCCUGGAUGAUUUGCUUGCAUUCAGUAAAGAAGCUCCAGAGGAAUUUGACAGAAAUUUAAUUGAACACAUUUUCUUGGAUUUAUUUGCAGCAGGGACAGAUACAACUUCAAGCACAUUAGAGUGGGCAAUGACAGAAUUGCUGAGAAAUCCAAGGACCUUAAAGAGAGCCCAAGCAGAGCUUGCGGAAACAGUUGGGAGAGGCAAGCAAAUUGAGGAAACUGAUUUACCUCGAUUGCCUUACUUGCAAUGCAUAGUGAAAGAAACAAUGAGGAUGCAUCCGGCCGUACCAUUCUUGGUUCCGCGAAAAGUAGAGCGAGAUGUUGAGUUGCUGGGCUUCAUUGUUCCCGGAGGAUCACAAGUUCUGGUGAAUGCUUGGGCCAUUGGCCGUGAUGAAAACGUUUGGGGUACUGAUGCUUUGGCGUUUAAACCCGAGAGGUUCUUGGAAUCAGAGAUUGAUAUUCGAGGGCGAGAUUUUGAGUUAAUUCCUUUCGGAGCUGGAAGAAGGAUUUGUCCCGGAUUGUCGUUGGCCGUGAAGAUGAUUCCGGUGGUACUUGGAUCGCUGUUAAAUGUGUUUGAUUGGAAACUCGAAGGCGGCAUUGCGCCGGAGAAGUUAGACAUGGAGGAGAAGUUUGGUUUUACAUUGCAAAAGGCACGGGCGCUGCGAGCUGUCCCGCUUGCUUUGUUGAUUGAGAAUUGAUUUGAGCGUGCUAGAUAUAUAUCCUCGUUUAGAAGAUUACAAAUGUUGUAAAAAAAUAAGGAUGAUAGUUUUAAGGGAAAAAAACAAAUUAGCUAUCUCUUGCGAAGAUAUUCCUGGCAUGUAUGGAAAUAAAAAAUUGAUGUGAUUAGGGGUGGAAAUUGGAUUUGGUAGACAAUAUGAAUUGGGCAAAGUUUGACAUAGCCAGUAUUGGAUUUGGUAGAACACGUUUCGAUACCGAUCGAGGUUGG